GCUGCCCUUGCUUGCCCAUUGCCCACUGGCCAUCUUGGGGUCCAGGGAGGGGCGGUCCCAGGCUGGGUCCCCGCCCCCUCCACCUGCUCCUUUGGUCCUCUCUUUCUUUUCCGUCACUUCCGGAGCAGAGCCUUGCCUUGCCUUGGAGAGGAGGAUGGCGACCGCCUCAGCCCCCGGGGCCAGCAGCAACAGCAGCAGUAGCGGCAGCGCUGCAGCCGAGAAGGAGGCCAGCCAGGAGAGCAGCCUGGGCGCCUACUCGCCCGUGGACUACAUGAGCAUCACCAGCUUCCCCCGCUUGCCCGAGGAGGAGGCGGCGGCGGCGGCAGCCGGAGCAGGGGCCGAGGGCAGCUGCCUCCGCUCCCGAAAGGAGGAGGAUGCCUUCCUGGGAGAGCAGGAGACCGACCCAGAGUCUUUCUUAAAAUCUGCUCGCCUUCAGCGCCUGCCUUCCUCUUCAUCAGAGAUGGGCAGCCAGGAUAUCUCACCUCUUCGGGAGACCACCAAGGACCCAUUCUCUGGGGAUUGCAGCUGUCGCCAGGAUGGUUUGACUGUGAUCAUCACCGCCUGCCUAACAUUUGCUACAGGAGUCACAGUGGCCUUAAUCAUGCAGAUUUACUUUGGAGACCCCCAGAUAUUCCAUCAGGGUGCCGUAGUCACUGAUGCUGCCCGUUGCACUGCUCUGGGAAUUGAGGUAUUGAACAAGCAAGGCUCCUCAGUAGAUGCAGCCAUCACCUCAGCCUUAUGCUCAGGAAUUAUCAAUCCUCACACUGCUGGCAUUGGAGGUGGGGGAGUAAUGCUGGUUCAUGACAUCAGGAAGAAUGAGAGCCGGGUGAUUGAUUUCCGAGAGACUGCCCCAUUCAGCAUCCAAGAGGAGGGCCUCAGGAAGGCUUGGGAAACAAAGCCUGGUCUCCUGGUUGGUGUUCCAGGCAUGAUCAAAGGACUCCAUGAAGCACAUCAGUCUUAUGGGAGGCUGCCAUGGAGACAACUACUGGGUCUUGCUGCAGAUGUAGCCCAGGAUGGAUUCAACGUCACACAUGAUUUAGCAAUGGCUAUCAAGGAUGUGAAGGAACAGCAUAACUACACAGAUAGGUUCAGAGAGAUUUUCCUUCCAGACGGCCAACCCUUGCUGCCUGGCAUGUUUAUGAGAAGACCAGAUCUGGCUGCUCUUUUACAUUUGCUUGGGUCAGGAGGGGUCUCAGCUUUCUACGGUGGAAAUGUGACACAAGAAAUUAUUUCCGAGGUCCUUAAAUAUGGCGGCACCUUGUCCGAGGAAGACUUUAGCAAUUACACUGUACUGGUUGAAAAUCCAGUCCAUACGGUAUAUCAAGGUCAUCUCAUUCUCAGUCCAUCGCCUCCACAUAUUGGCCCUGCUCUGGUUACUGCUCUCAACAUCCUUGAGGGUUUUAACAUCACCAGCCAGGUAACCAGGGAAAAUAUUCUCUAUUGGAUAACGGAGACAUUGAAAGUAGUUCUGGCACUAGCUAGCAGCUUGGGAGACCCUUUCUAUGAUGCAUCUGUUUCUCACAGUGUGGAAGACAUGAUGAGGUAAAUCCAAGGCAAAUUUCUGCGUCAACAGAUUGAUUCCCAGCCUUCCCUUCUGAGCUUCACACCCAUAUUUUCCAUGGAAAGUGGACUCGCUAGCCAAGUCUUGUCAUGGGGACCAGAUGACUACAUUGUUGCUGUUGAAAGUUCCUUGAACCGUCCAUUUGGAAGUGGAAUAAUGACUUCUUCUGGAAUUCUUCUAAACAGUCAGAUGCUGGAUUUUUCUUGGAUGAAUGAAACAGAGGAUCAUUCCUCUCCAAGCUUGAGGAAUUAUAUACAGCCAGGAAAAAGGCCUUUGUCUUUCUUACUGCCUACUGUUGUUCGGCCAUCAGAAGGAAUGUGUGGAACCUACCUUUGUCUGGGAGCCAAUGGUGGAGACAGAGCUUUGAGCAGCAUUACACAGGUUUUGGUGAAUGUUUUAACAUAUAACAAAAACCUAAGUGAGAGUCUAUCACUAGGUCGGCUUCAUCCACAGCUUCAGUCUAAUGUCUUGGAGGUUGAUAGCGAGUUUCCUGAAGAAGAUAUCAACUACUUCACAAGCAGAGGUCAACGUGUGAAUAGAGUCGAAGUCCUGUCGGUGGUACACGGAGCUAGAAGAACCAACAACUUCAUAAUUGGUGUAAAAGACCCAAGAAGUAUGGAUGCAGCAGGAGCUACAAUAUUGUAGCAACUCCUGCCAGGGCUGGUUCAUAAAAAUGGCUUUUUCCAAAAUACGUUACGCAUGUUCCCAAACAAUCCCGUUAUCAAUGCCCUGCAAUGUGGAACAAACAGUGUUUGUUGUGGGUUUCUACAUUGUUAAAUAGACCCCCCUCCCAGCACUUCUGUACAAAAACAAUGCAGCAGUGAAGGCUGAUAAAAGGCACAAUACAGCCCUUAGAAUUUUAUGUUUGUUAUUAUGAUCUUGAGUUAUAAGAAUCUCAGGCAUUAUUAUAAAUAGGAACAUGGGGAGUGGGUAUAAUUUUGGCAGCACCCUGUCUAGGAUUGAUGCCACUCAUCUGAUGCAUAAUGAUGAAAUAUUUCCAAAUUAUGCACUGAGAACAUGCAAGAAGUUAACCACUUGAUAUAUUCAGACUUACCAUUUUGAGAGUGGUGGAAGCAGACUCACCACUUUGUAAAUACACAUAUUAUUACCAUUAUAAGGCAAGUUUGUUGGAUUUUUAAAAAGAAGGAUGCUCCACAAGUAUGAAUUUAAAAGGGGAAGAUAUCAUUGUGGUCAGUGCCUAUUGGUUGAUAUCUGUAAUGUCAUUAAUUCCUCACCUUUCAAUUUCUGGAACAGUUUUGCAGUUUAAAAUAAUGUUGAUGUUGAUGUUUUCCUUGUAAGGAAAAUGUAAAAAAACAAAAAUAUGUGUUGCUUUUUUGUUAAAAAAGAAAAAAGAAAGAAAGAAAAGAAAAAAAGAAAUAAAAGCAGUCAGUCCUACUUAGAAUGCAUCCUAAUUACCCAAGAUAGCCAAAAGUCAGUUGAGUUGACAAUGGGCCAGCUGACGCUAUGCUUAAACUGAACUGGUCUUGGUUUAGAAACACUGGAAAUUUAGGACUAUCCUCAUCAUGACCUAAUUUUGUGUAGGUAUUGUGGUUGUGUCCCAGGGCUAAAGGAGGUUUGAUCUAGCUUAAUUUACCUCCUCUUUAACCCACUCCUUUUCUGCCUGCUUUAUGAUUCUUCUGGUAAUAGAUCAUAAGCAUUAGAGUUCUGUUGGCAGAUUGGUUGUUGGCAGAUCUCUGAGAUCAGCUGUCAGAAGAGCAGUUCUUCUGAAAGGAAGGCAUUUCUGCCAGCAAAAAGAGUCUUGUCUUUGAGCUGGCACGUCUUGAGUUAUAAUGGCACAGUUAUUAGGAAUGAGUGGCUGGCACAUUUUUUUACCACCUGCUAUGUAUAUAUGUGUAUAAGUUUAAAAUUCAUGGUGAGCUGAGUUUACACAAAUACUACUCUGGGCUCUUUAAAUGGUACCUCUGUCUUUAAUGACCAAGAGAAUGAGUGGUUUAAUCCUAAAGGCAUUUUACCAAUACAGGCCCUAACCUCAGUGUGUUGAAAACUAGGCAGAAAAUCUUUCUGUAUUGAACAUUUUUUUCUGAUAUUUUAAUAAUUAAUUUCCUCUUUUCCAAAUGAUUCAUUCCAAAGAAGUUGAAUGGAGAAUAUGAGGCAAUUUCCAGACAUUCUUGAAUAUUCCCUGUGAAUCAAGUGAUUUGUACCAGCAUACUUGUUCUAAUAGUAUCGGCUCCUAUUCAUAUAUCAAUGUAAUUUUUUAAAUCUUAUUUUUGUUUAUCUGAUGCAAGGGGAGAAGGUACUUCAUUCAUCCUCUUGAUAGUAUAGACUUAACAGAUUCUUGCUAAUGAUUUCAACAAGUUGUGGAUGCCACAUCAAGUGUUUUGACACCAUACACUAUGUAAUUCAUAGUGUUUUCAUUAUCACCAGGCACUGGGAGAAGAUGACCUUCAGUUUUCCUGUGAUUGUUUCCAGUCUACCAGUGAAAUAAUAUUGCAAAUUCUAAUGCAGAAUGAACUCAGGCAGAUUCAGUGUCAUCUUGUACUAAAUAAUUCAAACUGUUGUUAGUUCUUUGGUUUUCUAUAGUGCUACAGGUCCACUUCAGCAUAUUGACUUAUUUCCUGGAGAAUACCAUUGAGAUCCAACUAUAAACCAAGGACCAACAUAACAAACAAAGCAGUCCCUAGAACCUUCCCACUUAAAUGCUGUGAUCUAAUAUUCUGAUUUUCAAAUAAUUAACUUUGAAAGAUUUUUUUUUUGGGGGGGGUGGUCCAAAAAGAGACUACUCGGGCUCAUCCACAGUCAUUUUCACCAUCUCUUGAGCUAUGCUGAAAUGGCAAGUUAUAAAUCUCAGUCAAGAUUGCAUAUGUUACUUUCUUCAAUAUUUCUUAAUGUACAGUAUGUUAAAAGCAAAAAUAAGACAUUGUAUAUUUCCAUAUUCUGAAGUUUAAUGUAGGGUUUUUUUUCUUGCUCAGACUUUAAACUUAAUUGAUUUGUAGCCAAUAUCCUGUCAAACCUUUAUUAAUUGGAAGUGGACUUCUUGCAGAAUCCAUCAGCUAAGCUUGGCCUAAUUUACUUGUUAAUUCCAACUACACUUGACUGAUGAAUCAAUGAAGCUUACAUAAAUUCUGAUUUAAAAAUUCCCAUUGAUUCAACAGGUCUACUCCAGUUGGAACUAACAACUGGAUGUUGGCCCUUGUUUAUCUAAAUUACCAUCAGCAUUGCAUGAAACAUGCUAAAGAGGUAAGUUCUUAUUUCAUUAAACUGAAGAAGAAUCCAAGGCCAAAACUAACUAGGAGACAGUGAUUUAAAAAUAUGUAACAUCAAAAAAAUCUUAUAAUUUACACUUAAUAUUAAAAGUGUGCUACCCAAAGUGAAAAAGCUUUCAAUUUUCUUUGAAGUGAUGCCUUUGGCGUCAAUAAAGCAACAUCAAGAUUUUUUCCAAAGUAACUUGACUUAUGUUUAUAAAUAAUAUUAGCUUCAUAUAUGGAUACUGUAUAUCCCACAAUUGCCUAAAAAUCAAUCUUUAUUGGGCUGAUUUAUAAUAUGAGAACAACUGCAGUUUCUUGAAACUAGAAAUCAACCCUCAUACAGACAUGGGAGAUUGUUUCAUAAUUUUUCCAGGCUGAUGCAGUUGUCCUUAGUUUAAAACAUAAACAGAUGCCCAUGUUAGGAUGAUCCUGAGAUAAGCAAAAAUAUGCUAGUUCUCUCUGGCAAUGAUGGGCACCUGCAGACAAUUCUCUUCCUAUGAAAAUCACACAUUCAUUGAAUGCAGGGUAGCAAAAUCUGUCUGAGUUGUGCCUAGUGGCUUCUUCUCAGUGGAGUGAUAAACCCACACUAGAUUUUAUUCUAAACUAUUGAAGGGUCCAUCCACAGUGAUAAAGGAGACCGAGAGUUGAGCACAUUGGAUAACACCCUUAAAAUUUGAUCUAAAAUUUGGUCAAAGGGUUUCAUCAUCCCUUUGACACAGAAGCUGCCACUGCUCUAUUCCCACAUGUUCAGCUGAAGAUGUACACAGAAAGCCCUACUUCUGUAUAGCUUUUAUGGAUGAAGGUUCCAUCUUUGGGGAGCUGCUGCCUUUGCUGAGGCCUUGACUUUACAGUCAGAGCCUAAGUGUAUACAGCUCUAUGUACCUUUUCAGUUGAAAAUGCAAAGCCUGGGGGAGUGGGCUGCAGCAGGUGUUAUUCUCUAUUUACCCUGAAGAUAAAAAUAAAACCCACUUAAUUUUAAUCUACACCAUCUAAAUCAAAGAAGCAGAAAAUACCUGCCUUCAGUUCCAUUACAUCUGUGUGCAGUGCCAUUUCAGUGAGCAGCUGAACAUCUAUUGUUACAAAAAUAUAUUACAUCAUGGCAUUUGAGAAACUGGGGAGGGGAGGAAUAAAAAUAUUGAUCUAUAUUAAUUUCACACUAGAGGAAUGGCUAGGUUUUGUUGGUCUUGUUGGUUUUCCAAGUAAUACUGAAGCUAUGGCUAUUGUAGAUAUUUUGUUGUUAUAUCUGCUAGCAUCUGUCUUAGUGUUCUAGAGUAGCUAUCUCCCAGUGAACCAGAUGUCGAUGAAUACAGUCUUAUUCAUGUGACACAUUUAUAUGCCUCAAAACAUCUUAAAUGUUUUAAAAUGAAGAAAGGGCCAUUAGAGCAGAGGCAGGGAACCCCAUGGCCCCCUGGAUUACAACUCCCAUAAUCCUUUUCCAUUUACCACACUGACUGGGGCUUCUGAGAAUUGAAGCAAGAACCCCUGGAGGGUCAACAAUGCCUCGGUCCUGCCUUAUAGGCUGGGGGGGGGUGGGUGGGUGGGUGUCAGUAUAUUAAUGCAUUACAGAUGUCAUCGCUGAUCAUGCUUUCCAUCUGAAUGUUAACUAUCUGUCAGUGACCUCAAUGUAGUUUACAAUCAUUCACUGUUUAAGGGCUCAUUCACUUGUUAUAUUGUAAGUAGCUAAUGGCCUACACAAGAUUUUUGAAUGUUUCUAUGGCACCACUAACACCAACCAACUUACAUGUUAGGCAUGUGCUAACAGUAUGUAUAUAUAAAAGCCAAUUCCCAGAGUCAGUUGUUUCAAUCGCAUUCUACUUAGCAUGACCAUGAAAGAUAGGCUGGGGCUAUUUAGAUGAAGCAUUGUGGUUGUUCAAGGAAGGUCAGCCUACACAUUUAUUUUAAGGGCACAAUAUGCCACUAAAUGUUGGUUUCCUUUUUUAUUCUGAAGUAAGCUCAAGGGGUGCUGUCAACAUCCUUUUGGCAUCUGUGUCGCCCCCCACCCCCCACCUCACACCACUAUUUGGGGACUUUAAAAAACUCCUCUAUUGGCAUUAGAAGAGGUCCUCACCUCAUUUUCCCACAGCAUGUUUGUGGGUGAGCAAUGGUAAUUUAGCCAAAUGAAGUGGGGAAAGGAAUGUUUUUUGCACGCUGAAGGCCCAAUACAACUCCAGCAUGCUUAUUUCAGCAUAAAAAAGGAAUGUAAAAUUUAAUGACACACUGCAUCUUUAAUAUAGUGCGUAGUUUAACACUCAGUUCUAAAUUGCACUGGCAUUUGGGGUAUGCGUCUUUCUCUCUUGCCCCAAAGAAGUAGAUUUAAACUUCAUGACAAUGUUGUCUAUAAGGUUAUUUCACAUUGUUUUAUAGUUUAACAGCUGACUAUACUGAGUUUUUUUAAAGUAAAGAAAGGGGAGGAGAGGGGACAGGAUCAAAGGGAGUACAGUGGAAACCACUACAGUUUGGUUGUAGCCCUCCCUCCCAUGGAUACCAAAAUCUGUGGAUGCUCAAGUUCCAUUAAAUACACAUGGUAGUAAAAUUGUGUCUCUUAUAUAAAAUAGUAAAACCAAGGUUUGCUUUUUGUAAUUUAUAUUUUUUUAAAAAAAUUCAAGCUGUGAAUAUCAAAUCUGUGGAUAUGAAGGGCUGACUGUACUAAAAAGUUGGUGUAUUAUGAUGCAAUACCAAUUUACUGGAGAAAAGUUUGAAGAAGAGGAUUCUUUAGUGUGCUCAUUAGGGUAAAAUCACAUUUUGGAAGGAUAAAUAAGUACACAAGUGGAGGGUUUGACUUUUGCCAGUGAUGCAUUCAAGUCUUUUACUCCAGGUCUAAUGUAAAGUCUCAAGACUGGGAACCAACUUGAACAGAAAAAAAAGGAAGCAGGAUGCAUUUCUCAUGGGGGGACACUAAAUGCAUUAGGCAAUGGCCUUGAGGCAGGGAUUGUGAUCUACUCAGCAGCCUAUCCCCACUACACCUUGGAGAAGCUUUCUAAAGCUUUUAAAAAUCUUUAGAAGGAUCCUUCCAUCUCAAGCUCAUUGCCUAAUACUGUAUAUUUGCUGCUCCCCUCCGAGAAAUGUGCCCUACUGUCUGGAGGUGGGUCUUCCCUGAUGCUCAAAAUGAAUUAUGCCAGCAAGGCGGUCACUAAAAAUAUACAAGUUGCAAGAAGCAACUUAAGUUGAACUUGAAUCCGAGUCAAUCAACUGGGGUCUACAUCACAGCCCUUUGCAACCUAAAGGUUACAUCGGUUAAUCCUUGGCCUUGGCAUUUCUUGAAAAUCUCACUAAGCAAGAAAAGAGUACUAUUUAGUGACACAGAGUCACAUAUUUUUCAUCUAAAAGGCCACAGGCUAAGUCCUUGGGAAAUGCUCCUGUCUGAAACCCUGGAGAGCCAUUGCCAGUCAAGGCAGAUAAUCCUAGGCUACACUGGAACUAUUUGACUAGAUUCAAGGAUUAUGAAAGUGUGGCCAUCUCCAACUUCUACCAAAGAACAACACUCAUGUUUUCUGGCUCGUGGGAUGUAGUUCCCUAUAACAAUAAGGAUUCUCCUGGAGGUAGAGAGCUGUUCUGUGAGAAGCACUUUAUACAUUGUUUGACCUAAUGGCCCAACCAGGAUCAGUUUAUCACAUAAGACAGGUAAAUCACAAUUACAGCAGGAUAAUAGUAUCUUUGGUUGGGAUUUAUCAUAUAUUGUUUCCCUUCUGUUAUUCCUUAAACAACCUGAACAGCUACCAUUGGGUAUGCAACUUCAGCAUUUCAAGGGCCAAUUUUUGGUCAAUAAAAAUGCCAAAAAUGAACAACAAUAAACCAGUAGUGGCUGGAAGCCCACUUCCAGUAUUGUUUAUGUUUAAAAAUGUGGGGGGCACUUGCAACCUAUUUAAAAUGUGACUCGCAGAUCCUGGAGGCUUCAAGGAGCUGCAAAUCACCUCUUUCACUGGAAACCCGCC